AUUAUUGUAGGCGUGAUCUAGCGCCACCCGGAAAAACGUUAAAGUUGUUUAUCUUUUCUUUGAGUGAAGUGGUGUUCCGCGAGACUGCCUCCUUCCUGGCGAGGAAUGGACGCUACUCAGGCCGUCAACGACUCCUUGUUUGAGUCAGAUGAGGAGGAAAAGGAAGAGAAGCCAAACAAGGCACGGCAACCUUUAGCCAAGCUCUGCAUCUUGAAGAAUGACCACGUUCCUGAAAGAGAAUUUCCCCUUUUUAUGGGUGAUAACGUCCUCGGUCGUGACGUUAGCACCUGCACGCUGCCCUUGCUGGCGCCCUCCGUGUCUAAACAGCACGCCGCCAUCCGCAUCUCCCUCCAUCAGAGGCGAGGAUCCCGCAGCGGAGUGGAGAUUGAGGCCGUGGUGCGGGACUUGGGCAGCAUGAACGGCACCCGCAUUGGCCGCAUCAAGUUGAUCCCCAACAUACCUUACCCCCUCAGCGAGGGGAACCGUCUGUUCAUGGCGGACAUGCCGUGUCAGUACCUCGGCAUUGGCGAUGCACACCAAAACAUCGGGGGUCAGCCGUCGGGUGUUGGUAUCAGUUUAGCGAGGGAUUCUGUCGAGAAGAGAGAUGGCCUCAAGGAGAUGUCGCAGGCUUGGGCUAAGGUUUCGCCUCUGGGUAAAGCGGAGAAGAAGCCUGCAAAGAACAGCUGUGUGUCGUUUGAGGCCACGCCAGUCCAGUUGCAGCGGACUCUGGUCCCAGAAUCAGAGUCGGACUCUGACGGGGAGAGGCCAAGGAACAGAGAGAGCCGGCGUAAGCUUCAAGGAUCAGAUUCCAGCCCCACCUGCUCAACCUUCUUGAGUCCCACAAACAAAAUAGUCCCUGAAAGCCCCGACUGUGCAGAUGGAACACCCAUCACGUCGUCAUCAUCUACCAGAGAGACGUCUCACGGUCAUGUCAGUUUCAGCAAAGAAGAGUCGGACGUGGAUGCUGGGGGCCAGCAGAAAAAGGACACGCUAGCGUUUGUGGACGACAGUGACGAGGAGCAGGCGGGGGCGGCAGAAAAUGGCCCUACGCCGGGAACGGCACACUCUGUGCUCGAGCAGCUGAAAACCCCGGCCAGCUUUACGGAGGAGGAGUUGCCGCAACUGUCCACAAGCACCGAGUCCCCACAUGCCAUCUCUAAAUUUAACAUGGACAGUGACACUGAUGUGGAGGAGGACGCUGGCGAGCCCAAAGCGGUACCUGACCAGAGGUCGGACGUCGAUUGCUUUCGUAUGGACAGUGAUACAGAUGUGGACGACGAUGACACAGGAGCCCCAACGGCACCUCCCGCACAGCCCGAGGAAGGUGAAGGUCAUCUUGACGCGAAAGCCGAGGGUAAAAAAGGUGAUGCGGCUCCUCCGUUGCUGCCAGAUGACUUCCAGCUCGACAGCGACACAGAUGUGGACGAGGAGGCUGACGACAACAGCGGGGAUACGGCACCUUCCGGGCUAGCCUUGUUCGGGGACGUUUCAGAGCCAGAAGACGACCAGGCCCUCCUCGGUCUUAAUACGCAAGCAAAUGUCAGUGAUUCAGCUGCAGGAUCACAUAACAGCAAUGCGGUCCAAGAUCCUCCCCGCUCGUCACCUGUCGCCACCGCGCCCUCCUCAGCCACUCCCGGUAUCGCCGCAGCAGCUGCUCAGUCAGAGUCUGACAAAGACACUGAUGUGGAUGAGUCCAGUGCGCCCCCUGCUGAGCGGGACAGUGAUACAGAUGCGGAAGAAGAGAAAAAUGCAAUAACUCUUCCACGGACAGAAGGUCUACAGUUUCCAGAAGUGCAAAAUUGCUCGACCCCUGUGCAACUGUCAGAAGGAGACGUGGAACAGAUGGCGACCCAAGCUUUCCUCCCACCCUCUCUGGAUCCAUUUGAACGUGUCUUCAACGGUGCGGGAAGAGCUGCAGCCUCAAACGGCCAGGAGGAGGAAGAGGACUUUGCUGUGGCCGAGACGCAGUCGUUCAUCCUUCAGCCCCAAGGGCAGAUCCGGAGUUGCGACGAUGGCGCCAACCGAGCCUCGGGCUGUGAGUCAUCCGGCGAGGACACGGACGAACUGGCUAGCGGGGCAGUGUCCUUCCAGCUGGGGUUGUCUGACAGCAGCCACCUUCAGAGUGCAGCCCAAGCUCUGGCUAUGGAGAGCACCCAGGCCUUUGACUCUGAUCCGCAAGCGUAUACAAAGCCACCAAAUGCAGACACGACGGCCUCGCUUGGCAAUGACUUCAACAUCGAGGCCACCCAGGCCUACGAGGCCUGCGAGGCGCCCGACAGUAGUCCAGCCAUGCCCGCGGGGAGUCCGAAGGUAAAUCUUGCUUUUCAAGAAACGCAGGCCUAUAUUUCAGAGCCUUGCAGUGAGUCUGAAGAAGAGCCGAAGGAAGAUACAGAGACCCAACCUCCUUUUGACUUGCCCACCUCUUCUUCCCUCGCUUUGGCUGAAACCAAACUCGUGGUUGCUUGCCAGGAAGAGGAGCGUCCAACCCCAGACAAUCCUGUUGCCCCUUUGAAGCGAAAGCAGAUUGCUAAAAAAAGAAAUCUGAGCAAAGAACACGCGGAGGCACAAACUCCAUUUGUCGCUCCCACCAUUGGCAAAUUCAGGCUUGGGUGUGCAAGAGAAGCCGAGGGCGCGAGCGCAGAGCAGCCGCAGCUUGAAGAAGCAACUCAACUUUUUACCGACGUGGACAUCAUGGAAAAGCAGCCCACAGCUGCAAGUCAAACGGAAGACAGUCAUGGAGAGGACCCGAUCGGAGUCUUAUCCGAAACAAACGUACAACUCGAUGAAGUCGCGCAGCCCAUUGAGAGUUCUUCUGCUUUGGCUGUGAAUUGUCAGCUUAUGAGUAUCGCCGCAACCCAGCCCAUGGCUACAAGUGAAUUUGAAGAAAGCGACGAUGAAGACCCCAUUCCUGUCUGGGCUCAAGGAAAAGUCCAGCUUGAUAAAGAAAGGAAAGCCGAUAUGAGUUCUUCUGCUUUGCCUGCUAAUCAUCAACCUUGGGGUUUAGCCGCAACCCAGCCCAUGGCUGCGACUGAAAUUGAAGAAAGCGACGACGAGGACUCGAGUCCAGGUUUGGCUGAAGGAAACAUACAACUUGAUGAAGAAAUGAAACCCAAAGGAAGUUCUUGCGGUUUGCCUGCUAAUCAUCAGCCUUGCCGUAUAACUUCGAGUAAACGUGCGGAAACUGUCAGCAAAAACUCAACUGAAGUCUCGCAUGAAAGUAAAAUGCAGUCAAAUAACGAGGAGCAGCCCAGUACGAGUUCCAACGUCUUGGCUGUCGCAACCCAGCCUGUGACCACCAAUGAGCAAAGCGGAGAUGAAGACUCGAUUGCAGUCUUACAUGAAAGAAAAAUACAGCUUGAUAAAGACCCACAACGUCACACAAAUUCUUGCAGUUUAGCGGGUAAUCAUCUGUCUAUGAGUAUAGCCCCGACCCAGCCCAUGACUCCAAGUGAAAAUGAGGAAACGGAUGUCGAAGACUCAGUCGAGGUUUUGCACGUGAGCAAAGUGCGGCUCAAUAAAGAGACGCAAGCCACUACAAGUUCUUGCGCAGUUACAACCCCACCUGUAAGUAUAGCAGCGACCCAGCCUUUGGCUACAAGUGAGGAAAGCGAUGAGGAUGAGGACUCCAUUCCAGUCUUGCGUGGUAAAAGAAAAGCAAGGCCGCUGCAAAUCAUCGAGGACACGCAGUCCCUCAGCAGUACUCUUGAAAUCCCAUCAGACAGUUGGAAUGAGAAAAGUCCGUCAAAGAACGGAGCCGAAGUCCCAGGGAGCAGUAAUGAGCCCCCAUCGGUAACUCCGAUACAACCAGAAGAUGAGGAGACUCAGACUAAUUUUGACACCUUCCCUAACAAUGAUGAAGAUGAACUGGGUCCUGGUCAAGAAGAAAAAGCCAAAGUUUCUUCAGCUGGAACUCCACCCAUGGACACGUGUAAAGAGGAAGAGGCCGACAGCGAGAUCUUCAUCCCCGGCUCGAGGAAAAGAAAAGCCAAGCCGCUGCAAAUUGAAGAUGAGACUCAGUCGCUCGUAUCUUCUCAAGGCGAGGACGAGAGAUGUGAGAUCCCAAAUUCUGCACCUUCUGCGGUUGACUGUCAGCCAAGGAGCGCAAACGAACCAAGCCCACGGGCCCAACAGAGUCAAUCUGAAGUCGGAACGAGUGUCACUGUCAAACACUCAAAAGGAACGCGGUCACAAUUGAGAGAAAAGGAGGAGCCCGGGGAAAAAAGACAAACAAGAAGCAAGAUGGGGAAGCCGGGGCCUGCUGGGAGUGCGCUUGAGGAAGAGGCCACGAGGCGGCAGAGCGAUCCCCUCGGGGUUCGAGGCGGGAAGCCAGAGAGACGACAAGGUCCAAAUGCACGCAGGGGAAAGAAGGAAGGAGAAGAAACGGAAGCGGCGGAGGAUCGACAAAGACACGAGAGACUGGAAACGGAAACGAAAGAGCAACCGAGACGGGAUCAAGCAGACAAAGCGCCUCAACACAACCAAGAAGGAAAACCCGAGGCCACCCCGAGAGCCCGAAGAGGAACCAGAAGAACCGUUGCCGCUCUUCCUGUCGCAGCUGCAGAUCAAGACGAUGUCCCGGCCAAGAGGACCAGAUUACGCUCCAACUCUGUCAGCUCUGAGGUGUCCACUUCAAGCGCCCAAGGGAAUCGAGGCCGAGGGCAGGACAGUCACGGCCCUCCUGCCAUGGGUACACUUUCCAGAUCCAGCUCCUCCAACUCCCUCGCUUCGGACAUGUCUUGCAGCAGCCUCGGCUCUCAGAGAGGGAGAGGAGGGAGGCAACGGGGAAGCGGGCGCAAAACCGAACCCGGGCCCAGCCCAAUCCCGCCUAUCUCCAGUCAGAGUCCCGCUCCUACACCUCGGUCGCGGGGCCAAAGGGGCAAGAAGGCAGACGUUUCCCCCACUGCGCUUUAUGAUGAAAAUGACAAAGGGAAGCCCGGUUCAAAACAGGCGCCUGUCACGAGGGGGAGAAGGCGAGCAACUGUAAAAGAACCCUCAAAUGCAUGUGAGGGGAACAACUCCGCCGGUGAAUCUCGCCUCCCUCAAAGAAACAUCAGGGGUAGAGCUCAGAGGACGGUAAAAGGCGAAGCCUUCGAGGUGCUGGUCACUCCCUCGGGCAGCAAUGAGGCGGAGGCCAAAGACGUGGUAGAAGGAAGGAAGCGAGUGAUGAAGACAGAAGCGCAAGAUGAGAAGCCAGCUCCUGUCCAAGCCAAGAGAAGAGCCAAAGCGUCCUGUGCUCAGGGGGGCAGGAAUGCGAGGGACUCUACCCCCGACGUAGCCACCGAGCAUGGAAAUGCGACAUCUGUCCGCGGUUCUGGUGAAGGCGCCCAGGGAAAUCCUUUCGUGAAAUCCUCCCCCGUGACCACCAGCAACUCUUCCGCUUCCCUGUCACCGAGUUGCCGACCACGUGACGCCAGCCACUCUUACAAGGUGCUGUUCACAGGCGUGGUGGACGAAACCGGGGAGAGAGUGCUGGCCCGUCUUGGAGGCUCUGUGGCUAAUGGCACCGCAGACAUGAACUGCCUCGUGGCCGACAAGGUGCGCCGGACUGUCAAGUUCAUGUGCGCGGUGGCCAAGGGGAUCCCCAUCGUCAACAUACACUGGCUGGACAAGAGCGGCAAAGCCGGGAGCUUGCUGCCACCCGACGCCUUCAUCCUGAGCGAUCCAGAGCAGGAGAAGAAGUUCAAUUUCCGGCUGCAGGAGUCUCUGAGGCUGGCCAGCAGCCAGCCUCUCUUACAGGGCUACAAGAUCCACAUCACCAAGUCGGUGAAGCCCGAGCCACACCAGAUGAGAGACAUCAUUUCCUGCAGCGGAGCCACGUUUCUCCCAAAGAUGCCUUCUUCACACAAGCCUCACACGGUGGUGAUCUCCUGCCCGGAGGAUUGGCCGCUGUGCCGCGCAGCCGUCUCGGCGUCGCUCCCGGUCGUCUCGGCCGAGUUCGUUCUCUCCGGGAUCCUGCAACACAAAUUGGACUUUGAUGCUCACAAACUGUCCGCCCCCCCACCGCCCCCGCCGAAGCCUGACGACGGCAGAAGGCGAAGCAGGCGGCUGAUGUAGCAUCCGGAAGAGCUUUUUGACAGUAACAAAAUCGACUCUUUUGAGAAGAUGUCCCAAAGAAUUUACAGCUUCAGAGCUGCAACAGUUUUAAUGUCCAACAUGUGUAGAUAAUUACUCACAAAAAGUUGUGGGUUUUCCCAGAAAUUUCAUGGAAAAGCCACGUGUUAUGACACCUGUAAAAUAGUUGUCGGACAGCAACAACUGCUUUCAACACAACAGGAGAGUGUCAGGUGUUAAACGUCACACUCCUGCCAGUAGGGCAUACCUCUAUACACACUUGUGGGUCUCAGACUACCCAGAACAACUAACAAGUGUAGGGCCUAAUCAAUAUUUAGCUGUUUAAACCCUCCCCCCCCAAAAAAAAAUUAAUAAAUAAUGAACAAAAUACACAUUAACAUAAGACAAGUAAUGACGUUUAAACACCCCAGCCCAUAUUUUUUUUUUUAUGUUGUGAAGUGAAAGAAAUACCAUAGAACAAAAUAUUGUAAAACAUUUAAAUAUUCUGCUAAUAAUUCAUUUCUUUAUCAUUAUUGUAAGUGUUGAGGGACCAAAAAAGAAGCCAUUUUAGUCAAUAUAUGUAUAUUUUUUACAAUUAAUCAGGCUACUGUUUGGGCGAUUAAUCAGUCAUCAAAAUUUUAUUCUGCUCAAUAUCGGGCUGAAAAAAAUCCUGAUCAGUCGGGCCAUAGACGAUUGCGUCAUCAGUUUCCUUUCCAUUUUGUCCACUUUUUUACAUAAAUCUCCCAGCUUUUACAAGCAGGAUGAAAGGGGCUAAUGACUCAGCUUGACAUGGCAACCUCCUGCCGCGUGCUUGUUGACUCCAUCGGUACAUCUAGGAACGAGUGCAUCCCUCAACCGCUCACAUUCGGUUGCCAUGUACUUACCGUCAGUACUUUUUAAAUCAAGCAUUAUUUAAAGCGUGCCGGAAGGGAAGGGAAUAAUGACCCGUUCAUUAUCUCCGUCACCUCCCCGCUGCCACUGAAAGCGCUCGUGGACGGUUCUUGGUAAUCAGCUGUUUGUCAAAGCGGGGAAAUCAUGUUUGUGCGGCCAAACAACCCCCCCCCCAAAAAAAAAAGGUGGAGGCUCGUGUUUCCUGGUAUGAGAAGUGCAUGAGUGCCUAUCCUUUUAAUACAGUGAGAUGAAAAUGAACAUACCAGAGUUUCCUCCCGUCUCCAUUAACAGACGCUGAAUGUUCCAUUAGGGCCUCAUGCCCUCCUCCUAUUAGCUACUUGGCUGCUUCUGUUUUUUUUUAAAGAGUUCGUUUUCACUCGUCAAGAAUAUCUAAUGUGCUUCGUCCUUGCCGCACAAUUAGUCAGAAGUCCCCCACGUACGUGUGCAGAUGUGGCGGCAAUGUAAAAUAUUUCCCUUGGCUUGUUACCGGCAGGGGGAAUACACUUGGACUGUUUUAUCUUGGAGCAAAAUUAACCUUGAACGGGAUAUGAAGCAUAUCGAAUAAAUGGCGUGCCAUCAUUUUCUGUCUGUGGGGGAAAAUAUAUCAUGUGGGAGAAGGAGGAUGCUGGCUCAAGGAAUAUUUAUACUGGCCGAGGUGAAGUUAUUAAUGCUCAUGUCUUGAUUGAGGUGUUGAUUUUUUAUACCUGAUUUAGUGCCCUGAGAGGGACACGGUUACAAAGUCCGAAGUGCAAUUCUUCAUGAUCAUGAUAUCAAAACAAUACCUCUCAGGCAUG